GAAGAAGGAAUGCGGAAGCCAAAUGAAUGGGGGAGUUAACAACGGCGUUAUUUCCUGGUUCUUCUAAUGUGACAGUUUGGCAUGCCCAUGUGAAUGUUUGACUCCGAACAACUAUUACUCAGCAAGCCAGACGGUUAAGACUCGAAGUUCUUGCCGCACAAACCGUGUGCCGUGACCGGGAAGAGGCUAUCAAUAUGUCCGUUAAUGGAAGUUCGCCGGUCGCCCUGCUAUCCUACGAGACUCUGGUUCACGCUGUGGCAGGUGCAAUGGGCAGCGUGACAGCAAUGACCACCUUUUUCCCUUUGGACACAGCGAAAAGUCGACUGCAGGUUGAUGAGAAUAGAAAGUCCAAAUCCACACCGGUCAUCCUAGCCGAGAUAGCGCAGGAAGAAGGCAUGCUGGCUUUGUACAGAGGCUGGUUCCCGGUCAUCUCGAGCCUCUGCUGCUCCAACUUUGUCUACUUCUAUACCUUCAACACAUUGAAGAGGCUGACGGUCACAGGGCCACAGCAGUCGAGACUGGGCAAAGACCUGCUCAUGGGCAUCAUAUCAGGCGCGGUGAAUGUGAUACUAACAACGCCCAUGUGGGUGGUCAACACUCGUCUGAAGCUCCAGGGGGCCAAAUUCAGAAAUGAGGACCUUCAUCAGUCACACUACAAGGGCAUUUUUGAUGCGUUCUCCCAGAUUAUAGGGAACGAAGGGGUGGCGACGCUGUGGAACGGCAUGCUGCCCUCGCUCAUCCUCGUCUUAAACCCAGCUGUGCAGUUCAUGUUCUAUGAGUCCAUGAAGAGGGGGGCAGGAAAAGGUGGCAGGAAGAUAUCAUCUGCAGAGAUCUUCCUCAUCGGAGCUGUUGCCAAAGCCAUCGCAACCACCGCCACGUAUCCACUGCAGACAGUUCAAGCCAUACUCAGGUUUGGCCAGUACAAAGGUGAUGGCAAGGGCAGCCUGAUGGGAAGUCUGGCAAGUAUUUUCUCCUUGCUGAUGGAACGAAUUCAGAAGCACGGCGUUCUGGGGCUGUACAAAGGCCUGGAGGCCAAGCUGCUUCAGACAGUGCUAACGGCCGCCCUCAUGUUCGUCGUGUACGAGAAGAUCACCGCCGCCACCUUCAAGCUCAUGGGCCUGCACAGGAAGAUAAAGCAAUGAGUAGGUAGUCACUUGCAGUACAAAUCCAGCCGUGCCAGGUGUGGAUGCACUGAAGAGUGGGACUGACACAGCUUCCAAGUCUCUGCUCAAUGAUGCACAUUAACCAGAAGGAGGUGACGUACAUUAAACAGAUAAAGUUUGGUUACCACAGUCAACCAGCUCAUGAGAUUUAAACAACUAACAGCAAUUUACCUCAAAAAGGGCCUCUACUGAACCAGUUCUCAUCCUGUUUUGAAUUUCAGGGGAUGCUGAAGAUCACUAUUCGUCUUAAUAGGAUUUGGAAGUUGAAAAUGUGAUUUUUAAUUGAACCAAAGUUGUGUGUGACUCUGAAUUAAUGACCAAAGG